CACGUCGUUGACGGUCUCUUAUACGAAAAGAACUAAAGAGAGGAUUUUUGCAAGCCUGAGUUAUGCCACAGGAUCUGGGUGCUUCUAGAGGGGGCCCAGAUGCUUGGUUUCCCUCUGGUGGCCAAUCUGAUGAAGUGCAGCUCCUCAGGAGAGCUCCCUCUAAACACAGGGACUAACCAUCCCUAUGAACCCCAAGUAAUUUGGUACCGUGUAUGACCGCUUAUGUACCCACACAUGCAGAACUUCACAAACGCCAUGGCCUAGAAAUCCUCUCUAAGUGGAAAUCCUGAACUCCAAAGAGUACAUGCAUUCCUGGUUUAAAUGUUUGCUACGAGUGAAGUUGGGAUACAUUUUAUUAUAAUUUACAGAAGUUUUAGAUAAAGUAUGGCAUGUUUGUUUGUUUGUUUGUUUGUUUGUUUGUUUGUUUUUUGCCAAUAACAAAUGAAAUUACAGUGUUCAGAGACAGGUCUGAAGGUUUGUAUUCACCUGUAAUUGUGAGACAAGACGUAGUAAUCUAGAGACCUGUGGCGUCUAGAGAGUCAUGGUCCACUUCAUCUGGGUUACUUGUUGUCAUUAAUUGUUUCAUGUGAUGGCAGUGCACAAGCCUGUUUGGGGCUUUUGCUCUUUUCCCUCCCUUCCUUGCUUCAUUCUCUCUCAGUCUGAGUGGAGAAGGGGAAAACAGUCCUUAAAUACAGCUGUCAGCGAUCGGACAACCUCAAGAUAUCACAAUAUGCUUUUAUGUUGUUUUGCACCAUGAUGUUAUGUGUACAGUUACCGCUUUGUGUUUCAGGCUGGAUAUUUUUUGCGAAUGUUUCUUUGCUCUUGUUUUGUGUGGGGGAAGGGUGUUUAGAGACCGAGCUAAGUCUGCUCUGUUACAAGGCUUCAGAAAUGAAUGAUCCCCAUACAUGAAGCUGUAUUUUCAUGUCUUUAACCUUUUCUGAUUUAACUCAUUUUCAGUUUUAAUGUGCAAGGUUGCCAGGUUUUUCUUUCUUCCAAAUUGGUUGCGGAUGUACUUGCUCCAUUUUGCUGUCGUGGGGAAACUUAUUUAUAAGGAGUAUUGUACAAAGAAGAUACAAUAGAGAGGAAAUGUAAUGAACUGAAAAAUAAACAACUGCCCAUUAACCUGUGUAAUAACAGGUGUCACAGGGAGCUUUCAGAGUCUCGUCUGUCUACAUUGAACUUAGAAAGAAACAAUUGAUUUAUGAGGAGGGCAGGUUCAGCUCAUUCAUUUUAUAGAUCUGAUAACUCACUGAGGGAUGCCAGCUGGCUCAGUGCCGUAAGUAGCACCUGAACGCCUGCAUACAAUGUUUGAUUUUCACAGAUGGCAUAUUCUCAUUACUGCCACAAAUCUAGUCUGCAGUUAACAAAGCAUCUCUGGAUCUCAUAAUAUUCUCAGGAAGCAAAAGAAUUAUGAGGAGGUCUUAUGAUCUCACUCCGGAUCCACCUGCCUGCGAAUGCACCACUUAUGAUCCAUACGUUUCAUGACGAUCCGACCUACUCUGUGAAGUCUACUGUGCUCUUCUUUAUCAUGUAAACCCAGGAUUUAUCCUGAGUUGUAAAGGAAGCUGAAUCAUGGAGGGAGGUGCCUCUGUGGGUAUGUAACAAAGGGGCCUUAUGUAGCACACUGGACUUGUGUUUCACCUCUUCCCCCCCCGGGGACGGCCAGCCAAGGACACAGCUCUGCAACCCGAGACCGUCGCUAGGCACACUGAGUCAGGAGAUAGUAGGCUGUCUCCCAUCUUUCCCAGAAAGACUAGCGCACUGGAAAGAGCCUCAAACACAGAGUGUAUACAUUUUAUUUAGGGGUCCAUGAGAGUGUAUCUGAAAAUGUUUUUUUUUAAUCUUUUAGAAUUGUAAUUAAACUCAAAUAAUGUAGACUACGUUAUGUGUGUCUACAACACCUUAGCUCUGUGUAAAAUAAUAAUGACAAAUUAACAGGAAAUAUCCCAGAACGUGUAGCCACUGUCAUUAAAGAGAUGCUGGAAAUAACCUACAUUAAAGCUAAGAGCUGGCAAAAAAAAAAAAAUCUUUAUGCCUAACUUUGAGUAAAAAAAAAAUCACCUUUUCUGUUUAAACAUCUUGCCCUUACUGCCAGACCUAACUAAUCAUUCGGGAUCUUUACCACGCUACACCACAACGAUGACCGCACACAUGGACGUUCACUUGUUACAUCCAUAGCUCUUGGCUCGGUACAUCGACCUCCUGGCAUGCGAAAGACGCACUGCAUUUUCUUACUGCUGGAGAAAACUAGGAUUUGAUUCUCCCUCUCUUGUUAUUACACGUGCACUGAAACGUGAUAUUUUUGUCAAGAUAUAGGCAGAUAUCGGUGUACCAAAAGGAGGUUGUAUAAUGCGCAAUAGUAAACCGGAUAAGAUGGUUUCGGGGUGACAUUGAGAGGAGGGUGUCCAUAGUAACCGACACCUGCAACUGAGGAAAACAAACGAUCAUCUUUGCUUCGGUGCCGCAAAGCCUGUUCUGGAAGCCCAAGCAUGUCAAGCAUACUGACUGGCUGUACCAAUUAUGAAGAAGAGCGGAUUUUUAAAGGACCGAGGAUAAAGUAUUUGCCUAGCUAAGUUAAUUAUUGGUGGGUGUAGCGAGGUUUGUGAUUGGCCUGAUUAUAAUCUGCCAAUAUAAUCUUACUUUGGCUAAUUCAUGGCUAGUCAGCUAGCUGUCUUGCCGAAACGCAGUGCUUAGAAUUUACUGGUGCUGAUGUCAGUGAAUCCAGCCAGAAGAGGAAUGUUUAGCUGACGCAACUUUAAGUGUGUACUGUUGGGCUGGAGACUUGUAACGUCAGUAUACAAACAGAAAUGAGAAUGUUUCUUAUCUUAAUGAACAGAGAUAGACAGUUAUCUUAUUAGGCAGACACAGGAAUUUAAGUCUUACAUUGACCCAAGAUAUUACAGUAUUUUAGUAAUUUGCUUCACGUUGAAUGUAACUCAAGUUUCCUAUCACUAACUGAACUGAUCUUAGGUUUGCUAAGGUGGUGUUGGAGAAUUCGCUAGCUAAUAAAUAUUUAAAUUCGCUAUUUUUUCUGCCACUUUUGGCUGAUGAGUUGCGAUAGCUUUGAAUAGCUAGUUUAGAAAAGCAGCAGUAUUGUGCAUAUUUUAAUGAUGCACCCGUUCAUAAAUCUUACAUUAUUGUUGGUUUAUUUAUCCCGUUAACCUAGCUUUUAGUCGCGCCAGCUAGGACUAUUGCAAACAUGCUUCCAGGCUCCAUACAGAUAACGGGAGAGACUCUUUCUGGUGCCGAGGUGAAAGAUAUCUGUGACAGUCUCAAAGAAAACACUGUGCGACUGUUAUCUGUGAGAGGCUGUCAGUUCACGGACCGAGACUUCGGGCGGGUGUGUCGCGGAGUAGCGGAGUCGCAUUCACUGGCGCAGCUGAACCUCAACCUCGGCGUAGUGUCCAGCAUCACCCGGACGAAGCAGCUGGCAGAUGCACUCAAGACCAAUAGAUCGAUCCAAACACUCUUUCUGCACGGUAGCCCCCUUCUGGAUGAGGGUUUGGUGGUUUUGAACACGGCGCUGUCGACUCACCCGUCCCUGGUGUCUCUGGACCUCGGAGACUGCAUGCUGGGAGACGAGGCGGUCCGGUUGAUCUGUGGAAUGCUGCCGCCGGACGGGGCUAAAUCUGGUCUGCGGGAGCUGACCCUUAGUGCCAACCCAGCCAUCACCACCAAAGGCUGGGCCCGGCUGGCCGUUGCUGUGGCCCACAGCUCCCAGCUCCGGGUCCUCAACCUCGACUACAAUCCACUAGGCGACCAGAUCGCAGGCAUGCUGGCAGUUGCCGUGGCGUCCAGUAGAACUCUGGAGGUUCUGGAUUUGGAAGGCACUGGACUAACCAACCAAUCAGCACAGAUCUUUCUGGACAUGGUGGAGAACUACCCGACCUCGCUGCGUGUUCUGGUUCUGGCCGAGAACGACAUCAGCCCCGAGCUGCAGCAGCAGAUCUCGGACCUUCUGUCGGAGGGAGAGGAGGAGGAGGACAAGGAGGCCGAGGCGCGAGCCGACGCCCCCCUGGGCUGCGAGAAAAUUGCCUGGAUCCCCCACAGCAAAUAUUCCGCGUGACAGCAGGCGAGCAAGCAGCCACCUGCAGAGGGACGGGAGAGGAAACCACACACCAAUUACGGGCCGGCGCGUUCCCCGCUGGCGAGCUGUCCGCUCACUCACCGUGUCGCUGCCAGGAAGCGCGAGUAAUGCAGAGGAAGGCGCCAUGAUCUAUAAUUAAUAAAACCGCCCUGAUCAAUCUCCGGGAGUUGCUAAGUGUCUGGAACAAAAGGAACGGAAGCGUACUUUCUUGCGUUCCUGCCGUAUCCAGGAGUUUUUUUUUUUCGUCACCCACCUCCAUCCUCUUGAUAGGGAUGAGUGUGCAAAUAGACUCGAGUGAUUAAAAGAUCAUUAAACUCAAGUCUGGCACUCAACAUACUCGUUAUGAUACUGACCUGAUAGACUAGCCUACUGUUUCAUUCAACUAUUCUCACGCCCUGACGUAGCUCACUGUUGACUUUCGCACCUAAUUCAGCACUAUGCUAAGGUCCCUUGGAAAAAGCAAUGCCUUCAGAAUUAGCUUCUUGUCCGCCAAGUGAUCGAAGCACGGCCUCGAUCUGAGAUGACUUAAGAGCUGGCCUUUUUGGCCAAUUUGGCCCCUAUCUUUUUCCCUUCAUAGGUCUCCGUCGCACUGCAAAACACUAGUGUAGUGUAAUUGUAACUCGCAUGGUCCACAUUGCCUGGAAUACCCGUAAUCACCACAUCGUUCCCUAACCUUAGAACGAGUUAAGAAUUAGAAUAACCAGAUGCAUUUGAACCAGAGAGAAAGCCUGUUUGGCACUCUUGCUGGUCAGAACCAUAGACAUAUAUGUAUGUCUAUGGUCAGAACAUGUUGGACUGGAAUGUUCAGGACUCGUUCACGUUCUCGAACACAGUCAAGGUAUUUAACUGCUGUUAUGAGCUGCAGGAAUUCAACGGUCAGUCUGCCAUUUUGGGCCCAACAAAACUGUUUCUGGCCGCAACCUUAGAACCUGCUGAGUCACAAGACACCGUUGGCAGCAGCUUAGGUCUCUCGUCCCGUCACCAGUCUGACUAUGGCAAGUCCGGCCACCAGGGGGCAGUUUUAGCAGACACUAUUUAUGUGGUUUCAACAGACAGUGCUCACACGAGCAAGAAUGUAAUAAUGUUGUAACGUACGAAUGAUCUGUAAGCAUUACACGAUUAUAUGAUCUUGUGAAAUUAAAGCUGUUGAUUUCAAAGGUAUUGGAGAAAUAUGUACAAAAGGGUUUAAUAAUAACCCUAAAAUCUGACUUCUAUUGGAACUAGUUGCUGGACAAAAGUAAAGGCGAACUAGGACUAGGAAGUAUACCUACACAGGGUGUUUCUGCUUGUUUGCGCGAUGAUGGUCGAAACAUCGGACAUUCAUAAUAUAGUAGGGGAAGUAAAGGGAAUUAUCUUCCUUUCACUGAUCUAUGACAAGUCAGGGCUAGAUUUAGGGAAAUGUUCAUCUAACAUGUAAAAAUUAAUUAAUCAAGCAAUAAACCAAAUACCUAAAGAAUUGAUCAAAUAAUACAUACAUACA